UCCAUGGUUUCUGCUCUCUUCAAGAGACUGAUCUCAUCUUAUAUAUAUAAGAUUUGCAAAGGAAUGUUUACAAAGAAAUCGGGAAAUAGUACAAAAAGGAAAGAGAGUUGUCAGAGCAAAAAGGAACAAGACUUCAGUCAGAUUGGACAAACAAAAAAUCCAAAAUUUUCCAACACUUUAAAAAGCACCGUUAAAAAGAUUGCCAAGUGCCCAUCUGCUCGCAACUUAUCAACUGAAGAAGAGGAAAGCAAUAGAGAAUUUUCACUUUCUCCAACAUUCAGCUACAGAGUUGCUAUUGCUAAUGGACUGCAAAGGCAUAUUUUUGUAGCAAACACUAAUAAUGAAGAUAUAGCUCAAGACCUGUCUUCAAAUGAUAGCUCAUGUUCUGAGUCGUUAAGUGAAGUAAAAACUAAUAGCAAGAAAAACGAAUACUUAUCCCACACAAUGCCUGUGCAACGCAACAGGAAAAGCUUGAGCAGCCUGGCAGCCUCUGAUGGAAGUUCGGAUGGAGAGCGCACUUUACACACAUUGAAGCUGGGAGCCUUACGAAAACUAAGGAAAUGGAAGAAGAGCCAAGAAUGUGUCUCAUCAGACUCAGAGCUAAGUUCAUGGAGGAAAACAUGGGGAUUAAGAAGUAAAUCUCUGGACAGAACUGGCCGUCACCAGAAAUCAAAUACUCUUGAACCUGGCUUUAGUUCGACAGGUUGUAUUAGCCAAACCCAUGAUGUUAUGGAAAUGAUCUUUAAAGAGCUCCAGGGAAUAAGUCAAAUUGAAACAGAACUCUCUGAAUUAAGAGGGCAUGUUAAUGCUCUGAAACAAUCAAUUGAUGAAAUUUCUAGUAGUGUAGAAGUUGUGCAAAAUGAAAUCGAACAAUUGCGAACUGGAUUUGUACAGUCCAGAAGAGAAACUCGGGACAUACAUGACUACAUCAAGCAAAUAGGCCACCCAGGAAACAAAGCAAGUCUUAGGUUUCUAAAUGUGCCUGAAGAGCGGCUUGAAAAAGCUGAAAGCAUAGUUUACAAAAUAUUAAUGGAAAAAAUGGGCUUCUCAGAGGCACAAAGCACUAUUAAAAUUGAGUUUGCCCAAAGGCUUGGGCAGCAAAGAGACUGUCCAAAUGCAAAGCCAAGACCCAUUCUUGUUUACUUUGAGUCAUCACAACAGAGAGAUUUGAUUUUAAAAAAGUCUUAUAAACUUAAGGGAACUGGCAUUGGAAUUUCUACAGAUAUAUUUUCCCAUGAAAUAAAAGAUAAAAAAGAAAGAGGACUUCCUUCCUCUCAGACAUAUGAAAGCAUGGAUAUGAAACUUUUAACCGUGGAGACAAAAUCUAAAAUGCAUGACUGGGAGUCACCUGACAGUGAUAAAGACUUGGAAUCAGAUAUAAAUAAGAACAGUUAUGCAAAAAUAUCUAAAUCAGCAUUUCAGAUAAAAACAAGCACUACAAAGGGGACUACUGAGUCCCCAGACACUAAAGACCUUGACAGAACUGCUGACAAUAGCACCUUUUCACACAGAAGAAGUUAUGACAAUCAGUCACCAGAAUUUGACACUAUGGAAAAACAAUCAAAGGCCUAUUAUUCAGAUGUAACUCCCUUAUGGCAUUUACAGAAUGACUUUGCAACACCAAAGCUUAGCCGUUCAGAAUCAGAUUUCUCAAAAUUGUGUCAGUCUUACUCUGAGGAUUUUUCAGAAAACCAGUAUUUUAGCAGAACAAAUGGCAGUUCAUUGUUGUCUUCCUCUGAUCGAGAACUUUGGCAGCGAAGGCAAGAUGAUUCUCUAAACUGGUAUGGCAGUUCCCAGGAACAGAGUUUUGCCCAAGACAUGCAGCAGUAUCCAGAGCAAAAUGAAACAGGGAACAUGGAAACUGUUGAUAGUGGAGUAAGCAAUGGAAUAAUCCGUGUGUCUGGAGACAUAAACCAUUAUGAUGAUAGUCAGCUUUCUUUACAGGACGAUCUUUCUCCAUGGAAAAACUGGAAUCAGUUGGAACAAGGGGCAGAUUUAGGCCUAGACUCAUCCACGCAGGAAGUUUUUGUGUAUGAUAUGAGUAGCCCUUCAGACCAACAGACAGAUUUUGGAAAGGGCCAAAGUUCUGACCUCCAGUAUGAUACUGAAAGCUAUGAUUUCACUCUAGAUGGUACUUCUCCAUCUUGUCCGGGCCUUGACAGUGAAACACAAAGUCAGUGGACUGGUCAAUAUGAUGAUUAUCAGGAAACAAAUUCUAUCUCCUCUUAUCAGAAUCAAAACAAAUUGCCUAUGAUGUACCGAAGUCAAAGUGAACUACCAAGUGAUGACUCAGAGGAAACCGCCCCUAAAUCAUGGCACAGCCGAUUAAGCAUAGAUCUUUCUGAUAAGACUUUCAGCUUUCCUAAAUUUGGAUCUACACUUCAGCGUGCUAAGUCAGCUUUAGAAGUAGUCUGGAAUAAAAGUACACAAAGUUUAAGUGGGUAUGAAGACAGUGGAUCAUCUUUUAUGGGAAGGUUUAGAACACUAUCUCAGUCUACUGCAAAUGAAUCAAGUACAACACUUGAUUCUGAUGUUUAUGCUGAGCCUUAUUGCUACAAAGCAGAGUAUGAGGAAGAAUUAAUUGAACCGUCUGGUGAGAAUGAAACGGACUAUGUAGAAGUAAUGGAACAAGUCCUUGCUAAACUAGAAAAUAGAACUAAUAGUAGUGAGACUAGUGAGCAGAUCCAAGAGUAUGAACUGGACCAGUCUUUGUAUGAAACUCCAUAUGCCAUGCUACCAGAGGAACAAUAUGACACACAGUUUGACAGUGUGAUCAGUGAAGAGAUAUUGGAAGUUGAAAGUGACGUGGCUCCUGAAGUAGAAAUAAGGGAGGAUGAAAAUCAGAAUAUCCCAGAGAUGAUUACUGAAGUUACUGAAAUUCCAAAGAAAAAAAGAAUACGACCAUCAUUUAAAGAAGCUGCUUUGAAAGCAUACAAGAAACAAAUGAAUGAUUUGGAGGAGAAGAUCCUUGCUGGAGAUAGCGGUUCUGUGGAUGAAAAGGCUCGGUUGGUAAGUGCAAGUUCCUUGGAUGCUUCCAAGCUUUAUGCAGUCCAAGCAUUUGCUGGUCGUGGACUGUAUGGAAUUGACAGCAUGCCAGACCUGAGAAGAAAGAAAUCUUUUCCCAUUGUUCGAGAUGUGGCUAUGACCCUUGCAGCUCGAAAAUCUGGGAUUUCCAUGGCCAUGCUCAUCCGGACCUCCAUAAACACUGAUGAAAUGAAAAUACAUGUCUUCAAGAAGACCCUGCAGGCUUUGAUCUACCCAAUAUCAUCAACUACACCUCAUAACUUUGAAAUCUGGACAGCUACAACUCCCACAUACUGUUAUGAAUGUGAAGGCCUCCUUUGGGGCAUAGCCAGACAAGGCAUGAGAUGCACUGAAUGUGGUGUCAAAUGCCAUGAUAAGUGCCAAGACCUCCUAAAUGCUGACUGUUUACAGAGAGCAGCUGAGAAAAGUUCCAAACAUGGUGCAGAAGACAAAACACAAAAUAUUAUUAGUGCUAUGAAGGAAAGAAUGAAGAUUAGAGAGAAAAAUAGACCUGAGGUGUUUGAAGUGAUCCAGGAAAUGUUUAAUAUUUCUAAAGAAGAUUUUGUACAAUAUACAAAAGCAGCAAAACAAAGUGUUUUAGAUGGAACAUCCAAAUGGUCAGCAAAAAUAACUAUCACAGUUCUUUGUGCUCAGGGCUUACAGGCUAAGGACAAAACUGGCUCAAGUGACCCAUAUGUUACUGUGCAAGUUGGCAAAAACAAGCGAAGAACAAAAACUAUUUUUGGAAAUUUGAAUCCAGUAUGGGAUGAAAAAUUCUAUUUUGAAUGUCAUAACUCUACAGAUAGAAUAAAAGUAAGAGUAUGGGAUGAAGAUGAUGAUAUCAAAUCUAGAGUAAAACAGCAUUUCAAAAAGGAAUCAGAUGACUUCCUUGGGCAAACAAUCAUUGAAGUAAGAACACUGAGUGGAGAAAUGGAUGUAUGGUAUAAUUUAGAAAAGCGAACAGAUAAAUCGGCUGUCUCUGGGGCCAUUAGACUGAAAAUCAAUGUUGAAAUUGAAGGAGAGGAGAAAGUUGCUCCCUAUCAUGUGCAGUACACCUGUCUACAUGAGAAUCUCUUCCAUUACUUGACGGAAGUGAAGUCAAAUGGUGUGGUGAAAAUCCCCGAGGUGAAAGGCGAUGAGGCCUGGAAGGUGUACUUUGAUGAUGCUGCACAGGAAAUUGUGGAUGAAUUUGCAAUGCGCUAUGGAAUUGAAUAUAUUUAUCAAGCUAUGACGCACUUUUCCUGUCUCUCUUCUAAAUACAUGUGCCCUGGUGUUCCAGCAGUUAUGAGUACACUGUUGGCCAAUAUAAAUGCUUUCUAUGCUCAUACAACAGCAGCAACUAAUGUAUCUGCCUCAGAUCGCUUUGCUGCUACUAACUUUGGGAGAGAAAAGUUUAUAAAGCUGCUGGAUCAAUUGCACAAUUCCCUGAGGAUUGAUUUAUCUAAAUAUAGGGAUAAUUUUCCUGCCAGCAAUUCUGAAAGACUCCAGGAUCUGAAAUCAACUGUGGACCUGCUUACCAGCAUUACUUUUUUUCGUAUGAAGGUCCUGGAACUGCAGAGCCCCCCUCGAGCCAGUACUGUGGUGAAGGACUGUGUAAAAGCCUGCCUGGAUUCAACUUAUAGAUACAUUUUUGACAAUUGCUAUGAUCUCUACUCCCAAUUAGUGGAUCAGAGUAAGAAACAAGAAGUUCCUAAAGAAGAACAGGGACCAACAACAAAGAAUUUGGAUUUCUGGGCACAGCUGAUUACUCUGAUGGUCACCAUUAUAGAUGAAGAUAAAACAGCAUAUACACCAAUCUUGAACCAGUUCCCUCAAGAGCUGAACAUGGGAAAAAUCAGCGCUGAAAUCAUGUGGACUCUGUUUGCCCAGGAUAUGAAAUAUGCUCUGGAAGAACAUGAAAAGCAGCGAUUAUGCAAAAGCACAGAUUAUAUGAAUUUGCACUUCAAAGUGAAAUGGUUUUAUAAUGAAUAUGUGCGAGAGCUCUCUGCUUUCAAGGAUGCAGUGCCUGAAUACUCUCUGUGGUUUGAACCAUUUGUCAUACAGUGGCUGGAUGAAAAUGAGGAUGUCUCAAUGGAAUUUCUUCAUGGAGCACUAGAAAGAGAUAAAAAAGAUGGGUUUCAGCAAACAUCAGAUCAUGCCCUCUUCUCUUGUUCUGUGGUUGAUGUCUUCACACAGCUCAAUCAAAGCUUUGAGAUUAUUAGGAAAUUGGAGUGUCCUAAUCCAGAAGCACUAUCUCAUUUAAUGAGAAGAUUUGCAAAGACUAUCAACAAAGUACUUGUUCAGUAUGCUGCAAUUAUUUCAAGUUACUUCAGCUCCUACUGUGAUAAAGAAAAUGUGGCCUGUAUCUUGAUGAACAACAUUCAGCAACUAAGAGUCCAACUUGAGAAAAUGUUUGAGUCCAUGGGAGGAAAGGAGCUGGAUCCUGAAGCUAGUGUUGUUCUAAAAGAACUUCAGGUGAAACUUAGCAAUGUAUUGGAUGAACUCAGUGUAACAUAUGCUGCAAGUUUCCAGUUUGUUAUUGAAGAUUGUGUAAGACAAAUGAGCAAUGAACUGAAUCAAAUGAGAGGAAAUGGGAAUGCAGCAGCCAAUAAGAACAGUGCAGCCAUUGAUGCUGAGAUUGUGCUUCGGCCUCUCAUGGAUUCCCUGGACAAAACUUUGAGUGUCUCUGCAAAAAUCUGUGAGAAGACAGUUCUGAAACGGGUUCUGAAAGAGCUCUGGAAGUUAGUCUUAAACAAAAUAGAAAAACAAAUUGUGCUUCCGCCACUGACAGACCAAACCGGGCCCCAGAUGAUAUUCAGUGCAGCCAAAGAUCUUGGACAACUGUCAAAACUCAAGGACCACGUGAUCCGAGAGGAAGCCAAAAGCCUGACCCUGAGGCAGUGUGCAGUAAUGGACGUGGCACUCGUUACUAUAAAGCAAUACUUCCAUGCUGGAGGAAGUGGGCUAAAAAAGAAUUUCCUAGAGAAGAGUCCAGACCUGCAGUCCCUCAAAUACGCUCUCAGCCUUUACACACAGACUACUGACGCCUUGAUAAAGAAGUUUAUAGCCACACAAACUUCUCAGAGUCAAACUGCUAAUAAUUCAGUGGGUGAGAUAUCUGUACAGGUGGAUGUCUCUACCCAUCCUGGAACUGGUGAGCAUAAAGUCACUGUGAAAGUUGUAGCAAUUAAUAACCUAAACUGGCAAACCACAGCUAUGUUCCGGCCAUUCGUGGAAGUUUGCAUACUGGGUCCUAAAUUAAGCGACAAGAAAAGAAAACAUGGAACCAAGACAAAGAGCAACACCUGGUCACCUAAGUACAAUGAAACUUUCCAAUUCCUGCUGAGUAACGAGGAUAAGCCAGGAGCCUACGAAGUGCACCUGUCAGUGAAGGAUUACUGCUUUGCGCGGGAGGAUCGCAUUAUCGGCAUGACCGUCAUCCAGCUGCAGGCCAUCGCCGACAGGGGCGGCUGCGCCGCCUGGUACCCCCUGCUCAGGAGCAUCUCCGUGGAUGAGACUGGACUCACAAUCCUUAGAAUACUUUCUCAGAGGAACAAUGAUGAAGUUGCUAAAGAAUUUGUAAGACUUAAAACAGAAACAAGAUCUGCUGAAGAAACAGCCUAAAAUACCCAAGUAAUGCAAGAUUGUCACCGCCAAGAACAUAAAUACAACGCUGUUGUCUGACUACUGCAUGCAUGUGCAAAUCUGUGGGAAUGUUUAACUAUGUUUUCAGUGUUUGCCAGUACUUAUGUACUAUAUUUGCAAGGUAUGUCAAGGAGCUGUAUAUCUUUUAUACAUAUUUUGGUCUUUGGUAAAGUAAUUGUUCCAAUGAAGUGCCAAAACUAAGAUUAAGAGUAAAUGUUCCAUCAUCUCUUUUUAAAUGUUGAUUUCACCUCAUCACAAUUUCAUUCUUUUUUAACAUUUAUUAACAAGUAAGUAGCUUUUUUAAUUGAUAAUAGGUUAUCGCUGUUAAACUGUGUUGCUUAUUCUAAAUUAAGUUACAUCCCUUACUCUUCUUUUAAAAAUGAGGUACACCUAGUUUUCUUCAAACUCUCAUGUUAUGCAAGCCUCAUUUUAGGUGUCUUACUGAUGACUUUUUCUAUCAUUACUACAGAUGCAGUUACUUAUAGAAAGUGUUUGUAAUUUUAUAAUUACCAAUAUAAAGUAAUGAUUUUUGCAUAAAAACUGAAAAGGAUGGAAAUAUUUUAUGCUAAUCUCUUUUUCCAACCUUUCAUAAAUAUCACUGUGAAGAAAUGCUGUUAAAGCAGGUUCUCAAGAAGCUGUGCUUAUCAGAGUUUGUUACUGAUGUUUGAUAUCUUGAGAUAACUUUGUUCUUCAAAACUGCCACGGUAAUAUCAUAUUUGUAUUAAAAGUAUAAGUCAGUAUCUGUAGAAACAGGUUGCUGUACAGUACAGUAUAUGUGCUUUUAAAAAGUGAUUUUUUAAAUGAUAUGGUACUGUACAAGGGGUAGUAGUUUGGAAUAUGUAAUGCCAGUUUGUGGUUUGUUUCUAGAAAUUGUUUAUGAGAAGAAAAGAUGCUGUGAGCAUUUUCACUCAGAGUUAUUAACGUUGCUUUACAUACUUAGCUGUAACAUCAGUUAAGUGCUUUAUUUCUUUAAUUUUUUUUAGAAAAGUUCAACAGUUUGUACUUAUGCAACAUUACUAUGUAUUGCACUAAAGCAAACUCUGUGUCCUGUAAAUAUAUAUUUAGUGAGGAAUUGUAAAAUAAAGUAUGCAGAAACUGCUUUCCAGUUUUGUCAUUUGAUAUUAUUUAUGUAACUCUUGGUUUUAUGUGCAUGUGAAGCCCAUGGAGUGGGCUUACUAUAUAGCUUUAUAAUAUAUUAAAGUAUGAUUUGCACUGUC